UUCCCGGGUAGGCGUUACAAAUCCGAACUGCGUCUCGAUGCCGCAAGUGGCACCUGAAAAGUAAAAAGUGAAAAAAAUCGUUGCAUCAUGGAAGCGACGUCUGUGAAUUGCCUCCUUCCUUCGCGAAUCUCGCCAUUUGUCAUUUGAACAAUGGCUCUCUUCAUUUCAUCUGACGCUCUUCAUUCAUCUCCAGCUCUCUUAUCUUGACUCACGGGAUGGUUGCACCGACUAAAAUAAUUUUGCGCAACAAGGAUUCUUCACCACAGCAAACAAAUUGCGUGAUCACCCUAUCAAGCUACUGUAUCUGUCUUUGGAAUCCUGCCAGCGGCCAUCUGAAAAGCCGCUCUUCACUCUUGCCCGCUGUCUGUAUCCUGGAUCAACGGGUGAGUUGAAACGGCAAGGGAGAAGAAGAGAAGAAGAACAAAGAGAGGAAUCCAGCAGCACAUCCUGCGACAUGCAGAAACUGCUGCUUUUCGGCCACGGCGAGGGUUCCGUUGAUGGAGACGAGAUCCUCAACGAGCGCGCCGUCUUCCACCAUACCCACCACACAUGGGCGCGCACCUUUUCCUGCCUCCCAGAGCUUUACAUCCAGCCCGAAUCGCUGGAGGAAAUUGAAUGGAUGGUCAAUUAUGCGCGAAAAUGGCGCAAGCGAAUCACGACCGUGGGAUGCGGACACUCGCCCUCUAACAUUACCUGGACCUCGCACUGGCUGGUCAACUUGGACAAGUACAACAAGAUUCUCUCGGUGGACGAUAAAACCGGCAUCGUGGUGAUGCAGAGCGGCAUUCGCCUGUAUACGCUAUGCGAGGAACUUGAACGCCACGGCCUGGCCAUGCCGAAUCUCGGCAGUAUCAACCAGCAGUCAAUUGCCGGUGCCAUCUCGACGGGAACCCAUGGCAGCAGUAUCCGCCACGGCCUCAUGUCCGAGGAUGUCCUCGCUCUCAAAAUCACCCUUAUCGAUGGCACCACCAAGUCCUGCUCCAAGGAUGAUAAUCCCGAACUAUUCCAAGCCGCGCUGCUCUCUCUGGGUUCUCUUGGCAUCAUCUCUGAAAUCACCUUCCGCGCCGUCCCAGCCUUUAGCCUCAAGUGGAAGCAGACCAUUGACUCUGAUUUGCGAAUGUUCAACGCCUGGCAAAAGGACUUGUGGACUCAGAGUGAGUUUGUGCGGGUCUGGUGGUUCCCUUAUACACGCCGGGCGGUAGUCUGGCAGGCCGAGAAGACGGAAGAAGAACAUCGCGAACCCCCGGUGAGCUACUACGAUGGAUCUUUGGGCUAUUACGUCUAUCACAAUCUGCUCUACCUGGCCCAGUAUGUGCCUCGCAUCCUUCCGUGGGUUGAGUGGUUCGUAUUUGGUAUGCAGUACGGAUUCGCCAACGGUUCCACAACGACAGCUGUCCAGCCAAGCCGCAAAGCCCUGUUGAUGAAUUGUCUCUAUUCUCAGUUUGUCAACGAAUGGGCGAUUCCCCUGCACAAGGGCCCAGAGGCGCUUCGCAGACUCAGCUCGUGGCUCAACCAACUCACGCCCAAUGACCCUGACUAUGUGCCACACAACAUUCCCUUCUCGGCCGAGGGCCUCUAUGUUCACGCGCCAGUUGAAGUUCGUGUCAGUGAUACGACUCUUACUUCAAACGCACGGCCUUAUCUUGACCCAACUGUCAAGGAUGGCCCGACGUUGUAUCUCAACGCAACUCUGUACCGGCCUUAUUGGCACGAUCCACCAUGUCGGGAACGUUACUAUCAGGCAUUCGAGUGGCUGAUGAAGGAUAUGGGCGGCAGGCCCCAUUGGGCCAAGAACUUUGAAACCUAUAGUACCGAGAUUGAAACCAUGUAUGGCGGUGACCUGGACAAGUUCAGACACAUACGCGAUGUUGCCGACCCAAACGGUCACUUCCUCGGGCCUUGGCAUAGAGACCGCAUCCUGCGCCAGGAUGCUUGGUAUGACUUUGAGGAGAGACUUUAGGAAGAUGAAUCCUCUUGCGCGUCCUCCUCUUAAGACAGGGAUUGUGAUUUCGGCCGAGUCUGGGCAACGCUGUGGCCCUGCAAGGCGGCAACUCUGGGCGAUUCCGUGGGGGGUUUCUCAACAAAGGAACGGUUUAGCAUUCAUUCGGUGUAGCACCAUUAUAGACCUGGGCGGCAAUCCUUCAUUAGGCUAUGUAAAUAUUUUCCUUUGGGCCGAGAUGAUGUCUCUUUUGGAGUUGGAGACGUCUGUAGUAGAAUAGGCCCAGCACAAAAUACAUUUAGAGUUGUUAUACCCCUAGCACGUUGGUUAUCUGCUAGGCACAGUGGCUUGGUAGCUCGAUUCAUACAAAUCAGGCAAAAAUACUGGAUACUGUCAAGGGCCAUCACAUGCAGGGACGACCAAAUCCGUGAUGGAGGCU